AUCUGGCAUCCAACUCUGCUCUCUUGCCCACGCAUUCUUUAAUUCCCUCUACUGGUAUCCAUCCUGUCUUUCAUCACAGCACGUUUUCUCCUCGAUCGUCCUUACUUUAUUUUCUCUCUUCCUUCGGAUCUGUAGGCCCUGUUGUCCGUCGCUGGUUGACUUUCAAAUUCAACCUUAUUCGCGACGAGGCGGAAAAAAGUAACGUAAAGAGCAAACAUUCGGGGUUAUCUUCGUCUUGAUCCAAACGGAAUCAUGGAGUCGGCACCAUCAAUUACGCUGACGACAGAAGCGCGUCAAAGAUCUUUAAAAUGUGAGCCAGCCUGUGAUGCGAACGGAAACGUGCCGUCCAUGAAAUCGGCGAACAUAAAUGUAUCCCCACAGAUGAAAGAUCAGCAAAGUUUCAUCACAAACGGUCAUUUGAUUCAUGAAUAUCAUGAGAAUGGAGACGGCAAGCACCACGGAGGUAGGCUCGUGAACGGAACGGCAACCAAUGGCAUCAUACACUCGGUAAACGGGGAAGCCCCAAGCGAAAUAACAGCGUCGUCAACCAUCACAGCGCCGAAACUUGAAUUUCCGGUCAGCGUCAAACUUCUAAUGACGGCAGCCUCCGGCGUCGUCUUCGGCUUUGCCAUGGAGAAGGGCAGAGUUUUCGAGCCUCAUAAUAUCCGAGGGCAGAUGCUUUUCCAGAAUUUCGUCAUGCUCAAGAUGUUUCUUUCGGCCAUCGUAACAAGCAUCGUUUGGUUUAGCAUCCUUUCGCUGCUCCCCUUCACCGCAUCUAAGUUCCAGUCAGCACGUAAUAACCUUGGUUGUCGGAUGAACAGCAAAGGAGUAGCAGGAGCUGGUAUUGGUGGUGCUAUGUUGGGCAUUGGUAUGGCCUUGUCAGGAGCCUGUCCAGGAGCUGUUCUGAUCGAAGUAGGAGCCGGUGUGCAACAUGCAGGUAUGACGUUUGUUGGAUGUCUGAUUGGAGCAGUGCUAUAUGGAUUUACAGAACAAACCUUCAACAGAAUGAUCAAACCCGCCAAACAAAUCACAGUUGGAAAGUUAGAUGAGCAUGUUGGUGUUCCUUACGUCAUGUUGGCCUUACCGGUAGGCCUGGUCAUUAUUCUAGCCCUGGUCUUAAUCGAAUACCUGGCCCCAUGGCAGACUGAGCUUACAGCUCCCAAUACAAGUGAUGUACCGACUGGACUGGUUGAUUUCAUAUCACUCAGAUCGUGGCCACCUGUACUGGCUGGUGCCCUGGUAGGAUGUCUUCAGCUACCCAUCGUCCUGGCUGUAGAUGAACCGAUAGGUGGCAGUAGAGGAUACUGUACCAUGGUAUCUCAAGUGAUUCCUUGGAGUCUCUUAGAGAGAUAUUCACCGUACCUCAAGGCAUCCAGAACAGGCAUCAAGAACUGGUGGCAGAUCUUGUACAUCUCAUCAGCGAUUGGUGGUGCUGCUAUCUCAUCUGUUUCCUCUGGUACAUGGGCAUCAACUAUAGGUGUGCCUCCCCUACACGCACUGCUGGGUGGUGCUGUUAUGAUAUAUGGAUCUAGACUGGCUGGUGGAUGUACAAGUGGACAUGGCCUCUCAGGUAUCGGUGCUCUCUCCUUACUAUCUUUCAUCGCCAUCCCAUCCAUGUUUCUUGGAGGUAUCGCUACAGCUGUUACCAUGACAACACUCGGUAUUUACUGAAGCACAUCCACGACAUAUAAGCCAUCGAGUUCAUCUUUCUUUCAAAACUUGAUGUCUGGUAUUGUUAAGGAUAUAGAUAGUUUUUUUUUUAAAUAUCAAUGAAGACAUAACUUUCCCAGAAUGCUGCAGCAUAAGAUUUACCUCGCGAUCCAAAUUAAUGGAUAAAAUACCACCUUUUUAUCAAUGAAGUGGUUUUAGUCUUAUGUUCUUGAGAAUAUAUCUUGAAGGAAUAGCAAUUAUCUUGCUGAUAGAAAUUUUGCUGCAUUUUUGUUAUUUAUUUAUCAAUAACCGACUCAAACAUUGUUGAUGCUCUACAUCAGAAACUGAUUGAUUAGUAACAUGAAUUAUUCAUGACUAUAUCAAUUGACGUAUUCAAUAUUACUUUUUUACAAAAUGAAAUUCAAGGUUUAGAAAUUCAGGCUGAUAUCUAAAAAAAACGUUUCAAACAUUUAUAGGAAUUCGUUGCCAAAUACUCGAAUACCUCUAUCAUAAUAAAAAGGUAAAAACAAAGAUGUCUUUAAUAACGUACCAAAAUUGUUUGGAAUUUAUCUUACAUUCGUAAGAUCAUGUCACUCACUAGUUUAAGAGCACUGUUAACUUUUACAUUAAGGUAGUACCCACCUGAAUUCAUGAUGAUUAAUAAAGCUAUGAGGUAUUCCGAUCAUUUUUGUCUGCCUUAAUACGAAUGCCGUAAUUUGAUGUAAUUAUCCACAAGUGCCUAGAGAAAAAAACAAUAAUAUAUUCUUAAACUGUAUGAUAUGUAUUGAAUUAUUUCUAUUUGAAACGUGGCUGCAUUAUUGCAUUUCAUUCAGAAUAUAUAUUUUGUAUAUAUUUAUGUAUAGAAGCUUAUGCCAAUAACAAACUCCAGUGGGUGUAAGGAAGAUUCGCAAUUUUACAUGGAGUUGUUAUUUUUUUUAUUUGAUCAUGAUUUUGGUCAAUUGCAUCACCCACCGAAAGUGUAACAUAUUUAUAAUUAUUAAUAUUAGAUUUUUCGAAGAGAGAAACGAUGAGGUAACAUUUUAAAUGUGCUACUGUAAAUAUGAUUAAUAUACGAUAGAUUUGCAUGAAAGAAAGAAACAGAGCUGUUACUUAAUGUAUAUAGUAUGAAGUAUAUGAAUAUUGUGAGAUUUCAGAUCGUUAACAGACAGGGAGCUACCUCUUAACAAGGACUAUAUGUGGUGAUUUUAACAGUACUAUUAACCGGGCAUAAAGAAACGGAAAACGAAAUAAGUGCGGAAUUGGUGGUGAUAAGUCUUGAGUGUUGAUAUUGAACACAAUGCAAGAGAAGUGAAAUAUAACGUAAACACAUAAACCUUCAAACUUGUACAGUGAUAACCAGAGACAAAGAUGUUGAAAACGUAAAUUAGGCUUCAAUUCACACUCAAUUCGUAACAGUUUUCCUAGAAGUCGAUCAUCUUAGUAAUAUACUAACUAAUUUAUCCCCAGCAUACAGCAGCGCAUGUAACUCAGAAAGAUAUAAUUGUUAAGAUUAUUGAUCUACGUCAAAUUCAAAAACUUUUUUGAAGAAAUGCAGUCUUCUAAAUUCAAACAGUUUUAAAUAAGCAAUUCAAAAUAAUAAACACAAACAAUGAAUUGGAAUGGCACGGCAAUCUCCAUAUGCUAACAAGUUGUAUUCGGUGUUUUUGCGAAUUGCCAUUUAUUAUUUAAGACAAAAAAAGACCUCCCUCUGCUUAGUACAAUAAUGACAUGUUGAUGCUUUAUGCUAUGCUGCAAAAGAAGAAGAGACAUCGCCGUAUAUUAUUGCCGAAACAUAUGCUGCAGUUUAUUUUGAAGUUGCGAAUUUGUUUCUGUAUAGUUUUUCUUGUCUUAAUUCCUCCUACCAUUUUUUAGUUUCAAAUCAGGAGCAUUAAUUGACAGUUUUUGUGUAUUUAUAUUGCUAUGUGGCCAUCUACGAUGUGAGAUUGAGGUUGAUAUAUUUAUCUGAACUACACAAUGCAAUAUAUCACAACCCUUCAAUCGAUUUAGUUAUCAAUUAUUUGAUGCCCAAUAUAUAGCUACCCGAAACGAUGUAUUCAACUCUUUGUAUUAUUUAAAUGAAUUAAUCCACCAAUGCUUUGCAAUGCUAUUUUGUAAAAUCCUAUCGAAAUCAAACGCUUUAUCAAAGGCCUUUCUUUUGUAUAUUUAAAUAUUCUUUUCUUUCUUUCUGCUGAGCAACAGUUCAAUUUUUAAACAGAUUUAGCUGAUAUCCAUGUCUAUGGUAAUGAAAUAAUAAAUCUAAUCAAUAAGCACAAUGCUGCCUUUGAAUUCAACGAUUGACUUUUCAAUUGUGAUAAAUUAUGCCAUCGAAUUCCAGCCUUGAGUAAACGCACAUUUUCAAAUAGAUUUAUCUAUGUAAUUUUUGUUAAACCAGAACAACGAUCCACCUAAAAGUUACCUCAAAUUGAUAAAUUAUCUUCUACGGUGUAUAUUCUGAUAAACAUAAUAUAUGUUAAUAUAUAUGGUAAUUUAUGUUAAAGUUACUUUCUUUUACAUAGGUGUUGUUGGUCUACUGUUUUAUACUUCUUAUUUGCUGUUUACAUUAUCAAGUUUGUAUAAUCAUAUUUGUGAUUUUUAUCAAAGAGAUGUAUUCAAUAACUAUAAAGCUUGUACUUGAUAACAUGUGACCAUCAAUUUGUACAAGAUCAUAAUGGGUACAUGGAAUAUUAACCAAAUAAAGGAACUUAAUAAGCAGUC